UGCAAUAUUCGAAGCAUAACGCAACCAAACCAAAAACACGUACAAGUCUACCAUGGCUAGUUUUCAAAUGUUGAAGAGAGUCCAAAAAAGCACAACGGGGAAGCUUUGGAACUCUUCCAGCCAAACUCUAACCCUGACUGACAAGAAAGUUUGGCAAGGCUCUCAUUAUACGGAAUUCCCUGAAACCAUUCAAGAUGGAGAUAAUGGUGAGUUUACACAUGAUGCUGAUGAGGGUGAAUUUUCUGGUUCAAUUGUUGGUCUUGUGUACAGGCGACGUGAUGGAACUAGGUGGGUUAUUGCCUGGAGCAACCCACUACUUGGAGAGAGCAAGGUGUUUACUGAUAUCCAGCAACAACCUAUUCACUGGGGGCAAAUCAAAACCAAUCUUGAUAAAAGAGGAAAACAAAAAUUUAAAGUUUCAAAGUUUGGGUACAUUGCAUCAGUUGAAAUUGAUCCCUUCACAGUGAAGGCAUCAUUUGAGUUAGAACCAUAACUGUGGUGGUAAUUAAGGCUAUCAAAACUAAGUAAUACUGUAUUGUCUGCUUGUACUACUACUAUAGCUAUACUAAAUUUGAUAGCCAGUAGAUAUAAAAGAAAGUGUGUCUUCAAAUUAAGGCCUUCACUAUCAUAUCAGUGCCAUGCAUGGCAGACUAUUUGUAAAAUAUUAUUAUGGAAAAAUAAAACAGAAAGGCCUUGAGUA